ACUUCAAGUCCUAUAUUUAAUCCCCUCUUCGCCUUCAAUAUCAUCACACAUCUCUCUCUCUCCUCCAUAGAAACAAACCAUUUCUCUCAUCUGUGAGUCUCUUUUUGACCUUCUCAUCCUCUGUCGUCUUUCUCUGUUCUCUAUUCUCCUCUAGAUUCACAAGAAAAUAUUAAAAUUUCGAGCUAAGAAUCCACUGGGAAAACCUCACACAAAAAAGUUUUGGUGGAAAGAUCAUGAUGAUGGGAAAAGAAGAUCUUGGUUUGAGCCUAAGCUUAGGUUUUUCACAACUUAGCAAUCCUAGUUCGUCUAUAUCCAACAACCUCCAUAGAUUUCCAUGGAACCAAACGUUCGCUUCUACACCAGAUCUUGGCAAAAUAGACGUGAACAGUCUUCCAUCAAAGGUGGAUUGCGAGGAGGAAGCAGGAGUUUCAUCUCCUAACAGUACGAUCUCGAGCACCAUAAGCGGCGGGAAGAGGAGUGAGAGAGAAGGAAUCUCCGACCACGAUGAGAUCACUCCGGAUAGAGGUUACUCACGUGGAACCUCCGACGAAGAAGAAGACAUAAGCGGCGGCGGCGGCGAAACGUCGAGGAAGAAGCUCCGGUUAUCCAAGGACCAAUCUGCUUUUCUUGAAGAUACUUUCAAAGAACACAACACUCUCAAUCCUAAGCAGAAGCUAGCUCUGGCCAAGAAAUUGAACAUGACCGCAAGACAAGUGGAAGUGUGGUUUCAGAACAGAAGAGCAAGAACAAAAUUAAAGCAAACGGAGGUGGACUGUGAAUACUUGAAACGAUGCGUAGAGAAACUAACGGAGGAGAAUCGUCGACUUCAGAAAGAGGCUAUGGAGCUUCGAACUCUCAAGCUCUCUCCACAGUUUUACGGCCAAAUGACUCCACCAACUACACUAAUCAUGUGUCCGUCCUGUGAGCGUGUGGCUGGGCCAUCAUCAAACCAUCACCAAACUCACCGGCCCGUUGCGAUCAACCCAUGGGUUGCUCGUGCUGGUCAAGUGGCUCAUGGGUUGGAUUUUGAAGCCUUACGAUCGUGAAGAGGAAGGCUAUUUAGAUUUUUGUUGUUGCGAUGGCUUGGAAUUAAUGUGGCUGUGUGGGGUCUCAUUGUAGUUUUGGAUCAUUGGCCUACCUAAGUUAUAACUUAUAUGUCAAGUAUGAUGUGACAUUCAGAUAUUUAAUGUAGCAAAUAUUUAGUUACAAAUUACAAUGCUAAGUUGCUAACCAAUUAUGUAACUUUGAUGUUUAAAAAAACUCUU